CGUUACGCUACCUCUGCGUCCUAAUUCCUAUCCAACUUAAAGACCAAAAUAAAUAAAAAAACACUUUGCUAAUUUUUUCUGCGAUCCAUUUCUCAACUCUCCCGUCUUCCGUCCCUUUCCUCCGCUGGUCUUCUCUCUCUGUGCGUGUUCGGGGUUAGGGUUUAUUUGUUGACCUUGACCCAAGAAGCGAUGGGGCAGCAAUCGCUGAUCUACAGCUUCGUCGCUCGGGGAACGGUGGUCCUGGCGGAGUUCACAGAGUUCACCGGCAACUUCACCAGCAUAGCCGCUCAGUGCCUCCAGAAACUCCCCGCUUCCAACAACAAGUUCACUUACAACUGCGAUGGCCACACCUUCAACUAUCUCGUCGACAACGGCUUCACCUAUUGUGUGGUCGCUGUGGAGUCUAUCGGGCGACAGGUUCCGAUUGCUUUCCUUGAGAGGAUUAAGGAGGACUUCACUAAGAGAUAUGGUGGAGGAAAAGCUGCAACAGCAGUUGCCCAAAGCCUGAACAAAGAAUAUGGGCCCAAGUUGAAGGAGCAGAUGCAAUACUGUGUGGAUAACCCAGAAGAGGUUAGCAAACUUGCUAAGGUGAAAGCUCAGGUUUCUGAAGUUAAAGGAGUUAUGAUGGACAACAUAGAAAAGGUACUUGACCGUGGGGAGAAAAUUGAGCUUCUCGUUGACAAAACCGAAAACCUUAGAUCUCAGGUAUGUUUGGAUUACCAUGCUUUUCUCCCUGGACAUGAGUUGGUCAUGUUUAGAUUUGAAAUUAGUAGACACUAGACAGGGUCAAGAUUUUCUGAAUCAAGGAAUUGUGCCCUUAAACCUGAUUGACAUUGUCAGACCCAGGUCAUGAAACUGUUGAUAGUGUUAUUAUCUGUUUCUUUCUCUCUUGAUUUUCAAAGAUGAGUUAUCACUUCUCUGAUUUGUCUCGUGUCUUUCUUAAAGCUGUGCUUGUUGGUUCUCUCUUUUCCAUAGAAAUAGAAAGCCUUCUCUCUCUUCUUUGUUAACUAUUCCCACUUGGUGAGUCUUUUUUAGGUGUUAAGUGUCUACUUCACUGCAGGCUCAAGAUUUCAGGCAGCAAGGGACCAAG